CAUCCGGCGGAAGUAAACAAAACAAGCACAUGUAGACGCUUUAGCUGCAUGCACGUAGUAAGAGUAAACAGCUCAAAGACUAUAUUGAAUUCGUAACGCAGAAAAUUCUUUCACGUGUAGUACCCCAACAAUGUCUUCCGUUCAGCAUUUAAAACAGUUUGUCAACGAGCGACUAACCGCUGCUGCUGAAGAAAUAUUCGGAGUUUUUGAAAAAACUAUCGUCGAGUACGAAGAAGAGAUCGGUCGUCAGCGCAGACUGUUGGAUCUCGUUUGUAAACCUGAAAUAACCUUACUCAGGAUAGAGCUCCCACAGCCACGUGUCUGUAAGGAGGAGGAGGUUCUCGCUGACCAGCAGCAGCUCUGUAUUCAGGAGAGGAACUCCAGUCUGGACCAAGAGGAGCCAGAGCCCCCACAGAUUAAAGAGGAACAGGAGGAACUGUGCCUCAGUCAGGAGGGAGAGCAGCUUGUACUGAAGCAGGAGACCGAUGCCUUUACGUUGACUCCUACUUAUGAGGAACGUGACCACAGUGAAGGUCAGACUCUGAACUUAAGUAUCGACGAGACUCCGAUUGCAGUGGAGCAAAAUCCUCUAAACUACAUUUGGGUUAAAAGCUCUGUGGUAUCAGAAGCAAACAGUGACCACCAGCUCCUCGCUCACAACUCUUGUGAAGCUGAGAGCCAAGAUCAGAGAGGAGGAGAAGACUCAGGAUCAACUAGACAUACAGAGCCAGAACCAAACAAGAGAGGUCACUGUAACAAUGUGAACAAGCCUAACCUCUCAGAGAUUCACGGUGAUGCUCACGCAACCAAAACAUCUUCUAAAUGUGAUGUAUGUGGAAAAGAGUUUAAGUAUUAUUCAAUGUUGCAGAGACACAUGAGAAUCCACACAGGUGAGAAGCCCUAUGCUUGCAAAACAUGUGGGCAAGAUUUCAGUCAGAUGUCAACAUUGAAGGAUCACAUAACAAUCCACACAAAUGAGAAGCCGUAUAUUUGUAAAACAUGUGGGAAAGAUUUCUUACGUAGCGAUUAUUUUAAUGUCCACAUGAAAACCCACACAGGUGAGAAGCCGUAUAUUUGUAAAACAUGUGGGAAAGGAUAUUUAACUAAAAGUUCCUUGAAAAGCCACAUGAGAAUCCACACAGGUGAGAAGCCGUAUAUUUGUAAAACGUGUGGGAAAGAUUUCAUACGUAGCGAGCAAUUAAAACUCCACAUGAGAAACCACACAGGUGAGAAGCCGUAUAUUUGUAAAACGUGUGGGAAAGAUUUCAUACGUAGCGAGCAAUUAAAACUCCACAUGACAACCCACACAGGUGAGAAGCCGUAUACUUGUGAAACUUGUGGAAAACAUUACAGACGUAUUGGUGAUUUGAAUAUCCACAUGAAAAUCCACACUGGUGAGACGCCGUAUACUUGUAGAUUUUGUGGGAAAGGAUUUAAAGUGAAUAGCGCUUUAAAAACCCACCUGAGAACCCACACAUGUGAAGGUCAGACUCUGAACUUCAGUAUCGACGAGACUCCGAUUGCAGUGGAGGAAAAUCCUCUAAACUACAUUUGGGUUAAAAGCUCUGUGGUAUCAGAAACAAACAGUGACCACCAGCUCCUCACUCACAACUAUAAUGAAGCUGAGAGCCAAGAUCAGAGAGGAGGAGAAGACUCCGGAUCAACUAGACAUGCAGAGCCAGAACCAAACAAGAGAGGUCACUGUAACAAUGUGAACAACCCUAACCUCUCAGAGAUUCACGGUGAUGCUCACGCAACAACAAUGUCUGCAGUUCAGCAUGUAAAACGGGUUGUCAACGAGCGACUAACCGCUGCUGCUGAAGAAAUAUUCGGAGUUUUUGAAAAAACAAUCUUCGAGUACGAGGAAGAGCUCGGUCGUCAGCGCAGACUGUUGGAUCUCGUUUGGAAACCCGAAAUGAAUGUACUCAUGACAGAGCUCCCACAGCCACGUGUCUGUAAGGAGGAGGAGGUUCUCGCUGACCAGCAGCAGCUCUGUAUUCAGGAGAGGAACUCCAGUCUGGACCAAGAGGAGCCAGAGCCCCCACAGAUUAAAGAGGAACAGGAGGAACUGUGCCUCAGUCAGGAGGGAGAGCAGCUUGUACUGAAGCAGGAGACCGAUGCCUUUACGUUGACUCCUACUUAUGAGGAACGUGACCACAGUGAAGGUCAGACUCUGAACUUCAGUAUCGACGAGACUCCGAUUGCAGUGGAGGAAAAUCCUCUAAACUACAUUUGGGUUAAAAGCUCUGUGGUAUCAGAAGCAAACAGUGACCACCAGCUCCUCGCUCACAACUAUAAUGAAGCUGAGAGCCAAGAUCAGAGAGGAGGAGAAGACUCAGGAUCAACUAGACAUACAGAGCCAGAACCAAACAAGAGACAUCACAGAAGCAGAGGUCACAGUAACAAUGUGAACAACCCUAACUUGUCAGAGAGUCACCGUAAUACUCACACGGGUAAAACACCUUCUAAAUGUGAUGUAUGUGGAAAAGAGUUUAAGUAUCAUUCACGAUUGCAGAGACACAUGAGAACCCACACAGGUGAGAAGCCUUAUACUUGCAAAACAUGUGGGAAAGAUUUCGGAACUCGCUAUGAAUUGAAUGUCCACAUGAGAACCCACACAGGUGAGAAGCCGUACCUUUGCAAGACCUGCGGGAAAAGAUUCAGAGCCACUUCAGCAUUGAAAGUCCACAUGAGAAUCCACACAGGCGAGAAGUCGUAUACUUGCAAUAUAUGCAGGAGAGCUUUCAGAAAUGUUGGUCACUUGAAACUCCACAAGAGUAUCCACACAGGUGAGAAGCCGUAUAUUUGUAAAACCUGUGGGAAAUGUUUCAAAUAUAAUAGUGACUUUAAAGUCCACACCAGAACCCACACAGGGGAGAAGCUGUACCUUUGCAAUACCUGCGGGAAAAUAUUCUGUGACAAUUCCGUAUUGAUUAGGCAUAUGAGAAUCCACACGGACGAGAGGCCGUUUACUUGCAAAACAUGUGGGAAAAGUUUCAAACUGAAUGGUGUCUUGAACGUCCACAUGAGAAUCCACACAGGUGAGAAGCCGUAUACCUGUAGAACGUGUGGGAAAAGUUUCAAAUGUAACGGUGACUUGAAAGUCCACACGAGAACCCACACAGGUGAGAAGCCGUACCUUUGCAAGACCUGCGGGAAACGAUUCAGUGACAAUUCAGCAUUGAUACGGCAUACGAGAAUCCACACGGGUGAGAGGCCUUAUACUUGCAAAAUAUGUGGGAAGGAUUUCAAUCGUCCGUCAUCGCUGAAGUAUCAUACAACAACCCACACAGGCGAGAAGCCGCAUAUUUGUAUGACAUUUGGGAAAGGUUUCACAUGUAAUAGUGUCUUGACAAAACACAUUAGAAUCCACACAGGUGAGAAGCCGUAUUCUUGUAAAAUGUGUGGGGAAAAUUUCAGACGUAGCGAUAAAUUGAAUGUGCACAUUAGAAGAACCCACACCGGUGAGAGCCCGCACUAUUGCAAAGGCACGUAAGA